AUGGCCAGUCCUCGCCGUCGUUUACCUCCACUCGGCGAAACCUCUAGCUCUCUAAUCAGCCAACGAGACGCUCUAAGACGCCAGAAACCGCCGACGUUCAAACAAACAACCACCAGCCUUCCAACCAUCAAUAAAUCAUGCACAUCAAGGAGACGACGACCCUACACCGUCUAUCAACCGACAAAAUUGGUCGCGAGGCGUUACAAAUCGGCCGUCCUCAAGUGGCUCGCCGUCAACAGGCGCAAGAACAAGCGGGGGAAGGAACCGUGGCCGGCAACUUGGCCGAUGCUGAGAUGGCACGACCGCGUUCGUUACGUUCACUUCGUGCAGCCACUCGGUGUAGCCAUUGGACGGCGUGUACAGGGAAAGAAGUCGUCUGAAGAUGUUGCGCCUUGCUUGCAUCAACGGACGGUGAAGCUGGAGAGGAGAGGACCGAAUCCUUACAUUCGUAUUGGUGGAGGGUUCAGACAAGGAUAUAUUGUUGAUCCUGCGUCGGUGGAAGUGCAGGAGGAUGUCGGAAGUGUGGAGGUACUAGAAGGCUGCAAACGAGAAACCACUGUGCCAGAAUGCGAGACAAUUAUAGUAAAGAGUCAGAGUAGUCAGAGUAUUGAUGCCAGCGAGGUCAAUGGGAAUGGUAGUUGUGGUGAUGAGAGUGUCAGUUUGAAGCAGUCGAAAAAGAAGAAAAGGCAAUGGGGCCGAAAUAAGGCCGGCGAACGUGCACUGGUUGCCGUUGAAGGUACCGACCUGUCGGGAGUUGAAGAAGUUGAUGAUGAACGACAACUGGGGAGGGUCGUUGAGGUGCACAAUUCUGACGACGAUGACAGCCAGUUAUCAAGCGAUGGGAGUGAUGCCGUGCAGUCUAAGGAUGGUAGUGCAGUCAACGUCGAGUCCGGCAGUGAUGAGAAACACAAACGUCGUGGUAGCAGACAUCAAAAGACACGGAGUUAUCGAGACGACGAGUCCGGCAAUGAUGAGAAACACAAACGUCGUGGUAGCAGACAUCAAAAGACACGGAGUUAUCGAGACGACGAGGACGAAGACAACGUGAUGUAUGCGACAUCAAAAUCCAGAAGAAAAAAGUCUAUGGCCGAUGCGGAUCGAAGGGCUAGUGGUGGCGAUUCGAGCGGAGACGUGAAAACCGGUCUUGAAAAGAGGAAGAAACGAGUGAAGAAUCGUCGUGGGGAAAGGUACAAAGAUGUAGAACUGGACGACGACGACGAGGGAGGCACCGAAAGGAGAGGAAGUCUCAAACGGCGGCGUCGUAAGACCAAGCACGGAGAGAAGUCCAUCCAGUCCAGUCUACCCGGUGAAGAUGGUAGCGAUCCGGACGAUCGGAUAGACAACGUGUCGGACGGCGAGAAGUCUGCAUCGGUUGAUGACGACGUCAGUGUACAAACGUCUCGCAAGCCGAGCUCAGUGAGUGUGGCAACGGAAGAUGGCAACAUGAGUAGUGCAACAUAUAAAGUAAGAGGAACAGGAAGAGAAAAACGACGUUUAUUACUCGCGGAUCCUCCUGUCAAUAAAGUGUGUAAUGAAAGAAUCGCCAAUGAGGAUGCAAUAGAACACAUACCCGAUAUGCUAGAGCAUCAUGAAGCUGGCCGUAGAACAGAUAACAAUGACUCCAGUGCGGUUGAAGUCGUAGAGAAGCGUUCACGCCCAGGAAGUGCUAAUUCAAACAAUCAGUUUGAUACGGAUCACGACAAUGCCGGCCAGGUGUCUGCAUCCGAAUCAGAGCUGAGCGUUUUUUCUAGAGGUGCGUCGGGUCAACUGCAGCCUCUUGACGGACAAAAACGGAUCGGAUAUCUGGGAUCUUGCAAACGCAGCAAGGGAACCUUGAAGAGCAACAUGAGUCAAGCAUCUCGAGAAGCCACCGAAUGCGCAGGGUCGGUCAUUGGUGGUUACGAUCGUAAAGAAAGCGUUACUGAAGGAGCUUGUGAUGUAAGCAGGAAACCGAGUCUAAACCGACGGCCUCAGCGUACAACAUAUGGUAGUGACUGUAGUAAUUCUGAUCGCGAGUCGUCGAGGUCUCCAGUGCUUCCACCUCAUGGACCAUCACCUAAAGCGACUCAACUACUCACUCCUGCUACUCAAUCGACACUGACACCGACUGCGUCAGAGAAUUUCCUUGAACCAGUUGCGACGCCUCGAAAGAUCGAAUUGAAACGGAAGCGAUCGUUUCAAAAGGGGCAAGAGGAACGCGGUCUGGCUAUCGAGGCGGACUCGACUGACAGCGACGGCGACGUUCUAGAGGAGAGACGCAAGGAACGUAAGCGGAGACUGUCGAAGAAGCACAACGUACAGGACAGUCUCAAAGUUGAUGGAUCCGAGCAGCAACCGGACGAGCAACAAAGCGUCUCCGGUACUCUCCACGCUCCUGCUACUCCACACACAUCGAACAGUGUCCGACGCAAGAGUCACCCGGGACGCGACAACCGCAUCAAUCGCGACGCUCAACGACGUUCGAGUCACGAGGAAACGAGUGCGAGUAUCGAGACCGGCGAUGUCAAGUCCACUCGUUCGGGAAUUUCCACGUAUUCAGGCAAUUCAGGCCAUCUAGGCGUUUUGACUCACACGUGUGCAUCGGCUCGGCAGCGUAGAAUGGGUAUCGACUAUUCUACAUUUCUUGGCAUCCAAAGCACGGUUUUAGACACCGUUCCAUCCAGUGAAGACAUCAAGUCUUCGAGACCACAGAGCAGCGGAAUAUCGUCGGAUGUUAGUGCUGUUCACAUUCCAACUGUGGAGAAACUAACGAACCUGAGCGACCAACGUAUGCAAACAAAGUAUACCGAAACGGUUGAAUUUGACAGUAACAUGGGUGCAGUACCAAUACCUGGAUUACCGUGUCACCCACCUCUCGAUGCAGAGUAUGGAAAUGUGGUGCACGGACGAGAAACGUUUGGUGUGGUAAGAUCGGCAGUGAAAGCACCGAUUAGUAGAGCACCCAGCGAUGAGGGAGAUGUCGAUGAUGAUGACGAGGAGGACGACGAUGAUACGAUGCCGCGUGACUCGCAGUCAUCGAGGUCUGGGGUGUACAUUGACCAGCGGUCUAUGCCGUCAACGACGGUGUUUCACUAUUCGAGGAAAACACAAUUGCCAGCUGAAGGUUUGCCAGCCAACGAGUCAGCAGAAUACACGUCGUAUGCUCGACCUCCAUACUGUCAGGACAUUGAUUCGGACUCUGGUGGACGGUCGACGUCAGCAUCAGAAAGUGUCUUCGAUUCUUGCACCGAAGACAUGAAGAGUAGCGUCAUUGUGAGUCAUGCUGGUAGACAUGUUUCUGGCUCCGUGUCUACGGUCGUCUCUCAGCGAGGUCUAAAGAAACGGCACACGAGGUUCGGUUAUGAUCGCAACACGGUGGGCUUGGAGUCGACUGCUCAAGUGGCAGUACCACCGACCGGAUUUUCGGACGUCGCCAACGUAGCAUUACCUCAUUGUGCCGCUACACCUCAACUACACAGCAAGGGUGGGGAAGAGACCGAUGAAACUGCUGAGGUUUUUGAAGACGACAGCAGUAGUCACAGUCGUACGAGCAUCGCCAGUGAAGCAGAGGGAGAGAGUGAACUGCAGACACCGGCCGGUGAGAGGAAGGCGACGUCGGUGUCGAGUGCCGACCGUCAUGAGUCGUCGGACAGUUCCAGUCAAUCUCUCGGAGGAAGCCGGAAGACAAAAACAAUUGUAUCUCAUGCGUCUCAAAAGAAAUUGCUUUCUGCUCAUAUCGAGCAAGAUUCUCGAAUCACAAAGAACUUACUACCGACAUCCACAAAUAUUUCUGCAGUAAGAGAUGCGAUCGACCAGAAGGACGCCAUGGGACUCAAUGCUGGAGACAUUGCACUAUCUACACACGUACCAACUCGAGGCUUUCCAAACAUUAAACCAUCAAAAUAUCGAUUAUCAUCGCACUCAGGCAGCAGAGAGUUAAAUUCUGACGGUGAAAACUCGAAGAGCGGCGAGGAUGACAGGAGUGUAAAUGGUGGAGUAGGAGUUCAGCCCAGCGAAGAGACAACAGAACUGGGAGACGAAGAUGUACACGAUGCCGAGCCCUUACCGAGAAAACCUUGGGAGACUUUGAAUGUGAGGGGAGCUCAGCAGCGAAGCAGAGUGCAGAUACAGAUUCGUGCUGAUAAAGUUUUACGGAGAGCUCAAGUGGAGUCGGCGAAUGGGAAACGGAGUGAUCGGAAUGGAGCCGCCAUCGAAUUUCUGUCUCAGUAUCACUUGGUCGAUCGUUCGAAGCUCGGUGCAUAUGCGCGAGCUUUUGCAGCCGAGGAAGAAAACGAAAGUGGAAUGAUCACGUUUCAACAAUUAUUGUUGGCACUGGAAACAAUUCCCAGCACAAGCAAUAUGUCUCGUAGUCACUUAGACUACGUAUUCAGGGUGUUAGACUUGGAACAUGCCCAGAUUAAUUUCCGACUAUUUGCCGUCGUCGUCUCAUUGUGUGAGCGACUGAGUGCGAUAGCGAGUGAAGCGAAGGCUGCUCUGGAUGGAUUGGAUAUGAUCGCCGUAGAGAAGAAAUUAGAUUUCUACAUGCGUCUCUUUCGUGGCUCCAAUGAAGACAGUAAUGACUACGAAAGUCGAAGCGUUUAUGGUAGAUUUCAAAGCAGCGUGAAGACGUCUCUGCUUCGUAUCGAGUUGAAGGCCGGCGGAUUGAGUCGCCCGAUGGAAGAACAAGUGAUUAGACGUUGUGAUCCUUCAGGAAAAGGAAAGGUUCUGUUCCUUGACUACGUCGCCUAUAUACCACUCUUCAUUUACAUGCAUGAAAGGAUCUGUGACAAUCCGCUUUCUAUGGCUACUCUGGGACCGGGAGACAUGCCUGAGGACAUACUCAGUCCUGAACCGAUUGUGGACAAGGGGAAGCACGGGUCUCUCGAGAGUGUGUCUCUUCCUCCCGUGCACUUCAGACAUGGUUCUGGCUCUAGUGUGGCUAGCAGUUUUAUGGGUGGUUCGUUGUUGCUCAAGCAAGCUCGAGCUCUACUUGCUCGCCAAACGUCGCUAGCUCAGAGUCGAACUCAACUUGCUCAGACGCAUUCAUUGACGGUGUUGCCUCCAGCCACUAAUAAGGUCGUGCAAGAAAUUAGUUUGCCUCCGAUUAUGGUGGUGAAUACAAAGAGUCAAAGCAAAGAGCUGUCUCCUGGGUUAAGUGAUGUGUCUGCUGGGAAAGACAUCAGGAAAAGUCAGGCGCCGUCGUGGACGUCCUCAGUCACUGGACGAGGUGGGGGAAGAAAGGAAAGAAAGAAUCGGCCUCCUAGUUCAUCUAGUGACUCGUCGCGAGUAUCGGGUGAGUUGCGAAGAGGCAAGAAGACGAGUACGUCGUCGAUUCAUUCCAGUUUCAGACACAGUCGAACGACGGCCGAGAGGAUAUACAUGAUGACACGACGUGUUACUUGUGAGACGCCUGAGUCCGAAAUUCUCAGUUCGGCCGGAGAUCCUUGCAGUCGCUCGAACAGUCCGUCUGUGCAGAGUUCCCGACCUCAGAGUAGUGUGUUACUGCAACGACCGGAGGUGACCAUCGAAAUGUUAUCUGCGGUGAAUGGUACUGCAGAGGCCAUGCCUUAUGGCGAACACGAACAGGAAACAGUUGUUGUUCAUCCGCCAUUAGGACGACUGGCUGUACCUCUUAUUCCUGCUGGUGGUAAGCGAUUGGGGGCACGAAGUCCGGAUGAUAUGAGUCCUGCACCGUUCACAGGGACAUCGAGUUCGAAUCGAACUUCUUCUUCCAACUCUCUUUAUAGUAGCAAGCAGCCAUCGUUAGUCCAGGGUAUGAGUAGAUAUUAAUGAGGAUGACUUGUUUGUACUGUAACUUUUUGAGAGGUAAAGUACUUAUUGAAAUUUCUAUUGAAGGAAGGUGAGAUACUUUUGUUGUAAUAUGUGAAUUAUCCAAUUUGAAUCUUUUGUAUAUGUCACAAUGUGUAACUUAAG